AGACCAUCGCUCAAGGGUUCCAGCGCCAGCCGAGGCUCUGAUCAGCGCUCCGAGGCCAAACCCGGCAACGUGGUUUUGCUAGCCCAGCGAGAUCCUUGCAUCGACGGCUAGCCAUGAUCGAUAACCCAUGAUCUCUAAUCCCUUAAUAGAUCCGAUGUCUGAUUCGUUCAUGCCUGCGCUGCGUAAGGAGCGAACGCAUCCGACCCACACGCAUGUCCAAUGCACCAGCACCUCGAAUCUCCAAAAAGGCAGACAAAUAAGGGGCCGGCCGUCGAUGCUGGGGUGCGGAGCAGUCUAUGCGGCCGUGUCUUAUAUUAUCAACUCGCUGCCUCAGCGUUACAAAUUCAAGGCUAGCAGCACCUACGAGUCAUGGCCGUCUCUCCAGGCACAAGAGUCAUGCCGGUGGGACCGGGCAGCACCGCGUCUAAGCACCGCACCUAUCACCGGCCGGCGGCCGCACGGGACGGCAUCCACGAAAAUUUUGACGACUCCUCUCUUUGUCUCACAGCGGCAACUCAUGGCAUACAAGCACGAGCGUGCGGAAACCAGCGGAGGAAUAGGAAACGCCGCUCAUAUAAAUCCAUUUCACGAGGCUUAAGGGGGGCGGGCACUAGGAAAUAAAGCGGUAAGCUUCUAAAGACAAGCAAUAUUGGAUGAGGAAGAAGGCGCGCGGCCGUGCCGUGUCCGUGUCCGCAUCUGGCGGUGGUUGAAACUCUUUGUGGGUGGUUACGAAGUUUACAUCGCGAGCGACUCAAAGUGCUGUCAGGCCUACCAAGCCCGGGAUAUCAAACCCUUUCCACGUCAGCCUUGUCUGGUCGUCUUGCAUAUCAUAAUCGACUGCAAAUGGAAAUCAAAGCAUCGGUUCCAAAACGGCCUUUUUGCGGAGCCGCUAUGUCACUCGCUUAGCUGACAACACGAAGCACAGGCACGUAGCAUCUGUGGAUACAAUCUUCUAAACCGUCUCAGCCACCAUUGAUUCGACGACUUUGGAAGG